AUGGACGCCUGCCUGGAGGAGGUCCGGUUGCUGCAGAUGAUUAAUGCGCGCGACCCGCACGACCAGAACCAUAUUGCCCGAUUAUACGACUACUUCUAUCACAUGGGCCACUUGUUCUUGGUGGUGGAGCUGCUGGGUGGCAACCUGUUCGACACGCAGUGCUACGACCCGUCGUACUUCACCGCGGGCCGCAUGCAGAGUAUCGCCAAGCAGGUGCUGCAGGCGCUGGCGUUCCUGCACCACAACCAUAUCAUCCACGCAGAUGUCAAACCGGAGAACAUCCUGGUCAAGAACUACAGCAAGUGCUCGGUGAAGCUCAUUGACCUGGGAUGCUCCAUCUACAACUCGGAGACCCACCUGAGCCACUACGUGCAGAGCCGCUCAUAUCGCGCACCUGAGGUCAUGCUGGGCCUGCCGUACGACGGGCGCAUCGACAUUUGGUCCCUGGGGUGCGUUAUGGCGGAGCUCGCUACGGGCCAAGUGCUAUUUCCGAACGUCAGUGAGGCUGCUAUGAUGGCUCGCAUGGUGGGCAUGCUGGGCGAGUUUCCCCCUUACAUGCUCAAGCAGGGCCAGUACGCUGGCGCGUUCUUCACGCGGUCGAGCCGAGUGUACGAGCGCAAUGGCGAGACGGGCCUGUUUGAGCUGCUGGUCCCCAAGCGCACCACCCUGCAGGCCCGAGUGGCCUCUGCCGACCGGGGCAUGCUGCACUUCAUUCGCCACCUGCUGGUGCCCGACCCUGCCAAGCGCCCCACGGCGGCGCAGGCGCUCAAGCACCCUUGGCUGCAGUACCGGUAUCGCAGCCCCAAGUAA